CAAAGAAGUCGAGAGAAGAAAGUAAAACUCGUAAAGAAGGAAAAUCAGUCCUUAGUAAGCCAAUGGCUUUCAAAAUUGAUGCUAGUUAGAAAUCAUGAGGGGAAUCCUGAAUAAUCACCAUUUAUAGUGGUGCUUGGAGAAGCAAGAGCUGGAAAAACUUCAAUCAUGCUAAGAUAUUGUAAAAAUGUCUUUGAUCAUGGACAAGUCUCUACAACAGAUGCAUCAAAUCUUACGAAAAACAUUGAGAUUGAUGACCAAAAAGUUAAGCUCUUCAUAUGGGAUACAGCUGGGCAGGAAGAAUACCAUGCUCUUAACAGUGUAUACUACAGAGAUGCGAUGGCAGUCAUCCUAGUCUACGACACUACAGAUAAAGACUCAUUUGAUAAAGUCCAAGCUUGGGUUGAUGAGCUCAACCUCUAUCUUCCUAAAGAUACUCCUAUUGCUAUUGCUGGCAACAAAGAAGACCUGUCCAACAGGCAGGUCGAAAUUGAAGAGGCUGAGGCAUAUGCUGCUUCUAUCAAUGGAGCCCACUUCAGCACUAGUGCUAAAACUGGCAAGGGCAUCUCAGAUAUCUUCACUGCGGUUACCAAAGCAGUUAUUCGGAAGCACAAGAAAGAAGCUAAAGCUGUUGAAAAAACCAGAAAAAAAUCUUCCAAAUUAAAAAGCAAUGGCAGGAAUAUUGGCAUUGCUGGUGACGAUGAUGACCUUUCCCUAGGUGAAAACUCCAACCGUGGGUACACUGGAGUUAGGAUCAGCUCUUAUACCAAAGAGAAAAAGAAGAGCAAAGGGUGCUGAUAACUAGCACAUUUAUGGAAUAUUUUUAAUA